AUGAUCUUCCAACGACGUUUCCACUCCCAUACACCCACCUCCAUCGACUCUCCGCCCACGCCUCCGCCGAAAGACACCGUCUCUCCGGCAAAGACACUCGAGCAGAUACUGGGUAUAGCAGUAAGCCCGCGCGCCCCAAAGCCCCCUCCACACGCGGUUGGAACUGUCGCAAGCAACCCUCGGAUCUUCAAGACAACACCACUGCGGUCAGCAUCGAGUCCUCUCAAGAGCAGCGCACCAAGGCGAGCACCAAGUAGCAGGAAGACAGGACAUGCAACAAUACACACGGACCCGGUCGGUGGCCAUGAUGCCUUCGAGAGUGAUGCCUUUGCGGUACAUAUGCCGACCACGCGCAUACCCAUCAUCGAUGCGCCUGUGUCGCGGCCCAAAAUAGGCUCGUCUGCGCGUGCGCAGGCGGAAGCGGUACAGACGUACAAAGAGAAGGCCGAACAAGCACGCAAGCGGAACAACAAUGUCGGCGUGCGCGUACCAAACAAUAUCGCCUCAUAUGACUACGCAUACGCCAACACACCAAAGCCGGGCGCCGCGAUCCCAGCUGUCCUCAAGCCAUCCGGCAGCCCUCCCGCACCGGCAGGCGCAUUUCCCAUCAGCCCUCCAGCAGUCCAGCAGCAGUGGACACAAGCCGAGCCGACACCUAGGAACAAGAUCCCAAGCAACACCUCCGUGUACCGCAAGCCCACGGUCGUCGGGGUCACGACCUCCGCAGCCGUCCUCGCAGAAUGCGUCUCGUACGUGCGUGCCGACGCAAAGACCGGAGCCUCGAGCCCAACGACACCGCUGCGAUCAACAACCGUCAAGAUCAGCAUGAAGCCCAAGACCCCGUCGCCGUCGAGAGCCCCAGCGAUUCCAGCGCUCAAAGUCGAGCCUUGCAGACCGCAGACCGGCCGUGCACAUGCUUGCGAAGCCGAGCACGGCCGCGGCAUGUACUCCCGUGCUCCUUACGUGGAGCGCGCAUCGCGAUCGCCAAGCCCGACAAAGACGAUCCCGAAUUUCGCGCGCCAGUACUCGAUCGAGGGGGACUCGAUCUUCGGGUACAAAGUCAGAGACCCCCUCGGUACCGAAGCAGGGGCGGACAAGAGCGCGAGCAACAGUGACGAAGAGACACCCAAGUCCAGCACGGGGAAUCAGACGGUGUCGAAAGCACCGCAGCAGAAGAGGACUCUGACAGAUCGCUGGCCAUGGAUCCGCAGGGACGGUGCUAAAGGUUCAGGCAGACCGCCUGCGAUGCCCGCCCCGGAUCCACCUGUCCUCGCACCCGUCAAGGCGCCUGCGCAUAUCAAGCUCACCAGCAAGAGGCCGGUGAGCACCUAUGUCAGUCCAUUUGAGGGCAUCGUGACACCGGCUACUUCGCCUCCGCGCGUACGGCCGGGACCUGCGAGAUCUGCAGCUGCAGCGAAAGCUACGACAACUCAAGCCGAGUCUGCGAAACGAGCACCAAUUGUCCCGAGAAGCAAAACGCCGCCUGUGCCAGCCACGGAGUCGACUAUCGACGUGGGAAUGCAGCGGGUUCAAGACCUCGUUGUGCUGGGUGUGAAGGUCGCACUUGCUCUGUAUAUUGUCGUGGCGUUGUGGUUCAUUCUCGACGCGCUCAGAGAGGCGCUUUACCUUGUGUUUGUGCCGUUGCGGUUUGUUUUGGUGUUGAUUUGGGCGAUCGUGGGUGUUGUUGGGAGAGCAUUGGGGGGCGUUGCAGGAAUGAUGUGUGGGAGGAUUAGGGUGCUGGGGCGAUGA